AUGGCUGAAGGCACCCGUGCCUGGUUAAUCAACCAAACCUCUUGGGUACUGGAUAUUCCAGCAUCAGAUAUUAAAUUAGACCAUAAAUUCACAGAACUUGGUGGAAAUUCUUUAUCAGCAGUGAGAUUAAAAACCGUCUGCCAGCAGGCGAACGUCCGUCUUUCAGUCGAAUCUAUCUUAGGCAGUCGAGACGUCGAAACAAUUUUGAAUUGUGCUGUCUUUGCCGAAGAUAAUGAGCAGCCGGAGUCGCCUCCAUGUCAAUCUUCAGAAUCGAGAAACGUGAACGGGAGCACGAAGAAGUCAAUGCAGCACCUCAACGGUAUGACAUCAGACGGUGAUGCGCUGAAUGCCUUUGUUACCCAAGGCUCCAAUACGCAAACCAUCGAGGGUGAAAUUGGUACAUCGAUGACAGAGAUGCAGUUAGCACUGAUCCAUGGAACAAAAAAGGACCCUGUUCGAAAUAUUAUUAACUAUUUCGAAACAUAUCCAACAGAUCGGCUUGAAACAAUUCGUACUGCCUGGAAAACGAUUGUCGCCAUGGAGCCCAUUUUCAGAACGAAGUUUGACCUACGGGAUGGAGGCAAAUUAAUCGAGCAGCAAGAAGCUCCAUUUCUCUGGACAGAGAAAAUUGUUAUAAAUCGGGAGCAGUACCAGGAAGAAUUAAAUAAGAAUAGCUUAUCGCUGUUCAAAGAGCCACACAACGACGAAUGCGAUCUAUUGAUUGGGAACUGUUUCGAUGUCAUCACGCUUUGCGAUAAAGAAUCUGAAAACAGCAUUAGUACCAUUAUUUGGCGUAUACACCACGCACUUAUUGAUGGGUAUUCAGCAAUGCUCGUCCUCCGAAAAGUACGGCAAGUAGCUGCUGGAAUGCAAGUCGAACCAAGCCCUUCCUUUGUGUCCUUAGCUACAAAGUUGCGGGAGCUGCAAAAUUCGUCAAGGGCGGCUGCACAGGACUUCUGGCAAGAACAACAUGAAAAAUAUUCAUCCGCAAACGGCGAAUUGCUGUUGUCAUCCCCAAAGCAUGCGAGUAGCAAUAUCACGGACACGGUUAGUUUCCGUAUGCCGGUUGAUGUUCCCUCGCUCGCACAGAAAUGCGGAGUAACACUUGCGACUGUGUGCUAUGCAGCAUGGGCACUGGUCCUAGCACUGUAUACUGACUCCGAUACGGUCCUCUUUGGUGCUGUUCUCUCUGGACGCAACCUUCCCCUUCCAAAUGUCGAGACAACAGUUGGUCCAUUAGUGAAUACCUUGCCCAUAUACAUCAAAAUCGAUUCUAAUUCAUCGGUAAAACAGUUUUUGCAGCACAUAUUUAAAAAGAUGUUGAAGCUUGCAUCCUUUCAGUGGUCACUGCCUGAACAUGGCUACACAAGGCAAUUUUCAUCAGCAUUGAGCAUACAGUUCGACCUGUCCGACUUGCAGGGAGAAGCUGGGGAAUCCAUAGCAGCUCCAAUCGAAAAACCAUACUCCCUUUCACAUACAGAUAUCCCUCUUGGAAUUUUCAUUGAGCCUGACGAGACGGUUCGGAUGGAGUACGAUAGUGCUAUUUUCCAUCGGAGUGAUAUGCAGACGCUCUGUGAUCAAUAUCGAAAUGCAUUUUCGACUCUCCUCAAUGCCAGCGCUCAAGUGAGUGAAUGUCAAGACAAAGUUCUCACUGUUGAGAGCCAUCAGAUGUUGAGGACCUUAGGGAAUUGUAUUUCAGAUCAAACGACCAUACCAUCAGUUGUCGAGGAUCUAACUAGUCUUUUCUGCCAAACCGCCGCUAAAUACCCAGACCAUAUUGCGGUCGAAAAAGGGGACGACCAAGUUACAUAUUCACAGCUCAUGACGGCAGCAAGUAGCAUUGCUGAGGGUCUGGAAGCAUUCAUCCAGCGUGGGGAUGUUGUCUGCAUUCAUGCGGAUCGUUCACUCGAGUGGAUUUAUGGAAUAUAUGGUAUCUUAAUGGCGGGAGGUAUAUACUGUCCAAUUGACGCUGCUCUUCCCCAGCCUCUUCGAAACAGCCAGUAUCAGUCAGCGGAAGCAAAAGUUUUUCUUGUUCCUUAUGAAUGGCAGAAAACUUCCCAGCCUUUAAGCUGCGAUACUGUUUUGGUUUUGGAGGAAAUAAUACGCAAAGUCCAAGGCUCAAUAGUGGCACAACCUGAUCCCAACCCCCUUGCGAGUGCUUACAUUUGUUUCACAUCCGGGUCCACAGGAAAGCCCAAAGGGGUAUUAUGCACACAUUCUGGUCUUGUGGCAUUCCAAAGGGAUAAAGAAGUGCGCCUUAUGAGUGAACCGGGCUGUAAGAUAGCACAAACAAUGUCCGCUGCUUUUGAUGGUAGCAUUCAUGAGAUCUUCUCAGCCCUCAGCUACGGUGCAACACUAGUUUUACCACACGGCCAAGAUCCUUUUGCACAUUUGUCCAAGGUAAAUGUUGCUCUCUUCACGCCUUCGGUUGCAAAAGUUUUAGAUCCAACAAAUUUUCCAUUGCUUAACACGGUAUAUCUAGUCGGAGAGCCUGUUCCCCAGGAAGUAAAUGACCGUUGGGCAUCGCAAAAGAUACUAUACAACAUGUACGGUCCCACUGAGGGGACUGGUGGCGCUACUAUCGGACGACUAUUACCAGGAAAGGCGGUAACCAUCGGCCGUCCUAAUCCGUCCACAAGAGUGUACAUCAUGGACCGGAAUAUGUGUCUUGUGCCUCCAGGAAUGAGGGGUGAAAUUUGUUUAGCUGGCGUGCAGGUUGCACGGGGAUAUAUGAACCUGACUGCAGAAACAAGUGAGAGGUUUUGCCCAGACUUAGUGCGCAAGGAAUUGGGAGAAAUGAUAUAUCGCACUGGUGACCAAGGAUACUGGGACGUUGAGACUGGAGAAAUAGUAUGCUUGGGUCGUCGAGAUCGGCAGAUUAAACUUUGUGGAUUUCGACUCGAUCUAAACGAUCUAGAAGUCAGAAUGUUAAAGGCUGCCCCUGCGGUAAAGGCUGUAGCCAUCGCUCGCAAAAAUGAUUUUCUUGUGGCUAUGGUGACGCCUGGUUCAGUCAACAUAGCAAAUUUUAUUUCGGAAAUCCGAAACGCCGUGCCAAUCCACGCUCUGCCAAAACAUGUCUUUUCUGCUGAUGAGUUCCCCAUGACGAUGGCAGGCAAACUUGAUUAUAAUGCAAUAGCAAAUUAUACACCGAAUAGUUCUUCCGCCAGCUCUCCAGAACAGCGCCCAUUGCUGCCUAUCCAAAAUAAGGUGGCGCAACUAUGGCGCCUAAUUCUCGGGUUGGAUCCAAAAACGCCAAUCAACAAUGACUCUGAUUUUCUUGACCUGGGGGGUCACUCUGUGUUGCAGCUGCAUCUAGCAACAAAGCUCAACGAGGAGUUCCAGUGUCGAAUCCCAUUCAAGAUUGUGGUGGAAUCCUCGACACUUCAUAGUAUGGCCGACAGUAUCGAUCAAUUAUUACUGCAAAAUUCCCUGAAGGAACAAGUGGCGAAGACUUCCCAUGGACAAGUAAACGAGCAUGAUCUGGCGCCUAUUGAGAUGGAAUGGUGGCAAAAAUACCAUCUUGACGAAGGAUCUUCAUCCUUUAAUGUAUGUUUUGCCGCGAAAUUUAACCCAUCAAAAGUCGACCAGGUCCUUCUCGCAGCCGCUUGGAAUAUGGUUAUGGCCAGGCAUCGAAUACUGCGAUCAAGGUAUGUUAGAAAAGGUCGAAGAUCUGGUGUUUAUAGAAAAUAUGCCGAUUCUCCGCCACAAGUGCAGAGGCUAAGCCGGCUGGAUAUAUGGAAAGAAGUCAACCGCCCUUUCAACUUGAGCCAAAAUGAUCCGAUUAGGGUUAUAAUUUCGAAAGAUACGUUUCUUGUCGUCGUCAGCCAUAUCGUUUGCGAUCUCACAACACUCGAAUUGUUGCACAAUGAAGUCGUUGCACUUUAUCGAGGAAAGCCGCUAAAGAGAGCGUGUCACAACUACAUGGAAGUCACUUUAUGGAAUAAUAUGGCAGCAGUCUGCGAUUUUGAUUUCUGGACACGGUAUAUGGCGGAUGCGCCCUCCACAAAGACAUCCUUCGAGGUCGGAGUAGAGCGGCUUAACUAUCGGGGUUCUUCAAGGCUAUAUAGAAUUCCCCCAUCAACUUUCGGCUCAAUGCUUGACAUUGUGGCAUCACAACGUUUGACACUUCACCAACUCGCGCUGGCCGCGAUAGCUUUAGCUAUGCAACUGGACCAAGAGCAAAUUGAUAUUGUUCUUGGUGGUCCCCAUCUGAAUCGUAAGACUUCAGAAGCGCAAAAAACUGUCGGUUUAUUUCUUGAACCGCUACCCAUUCGAGUUAAAAGCAGCGCCCUCCAAUCGACAUCAACAGAGCAGUAUUUGCAAGAUGUCAAGUGCUACAGCCAGCAGGCGUUGGGACGUGCGGUUCCAUGGGACCAGCUUCUGCGACAUCUAGGAAUCGUACCAGACUUUCCCAAUCACCCAUUAUUUGAUAUCAUGGUGACAUUCCAUGAUAACCGGCUAAAGGACUUCCUACCACUUCCAGGCUUCCAGCCAUUGAAUCUGUGGGCAGAGGGGUCAAAAUUCAAACUAAUGUUUGAAUUCGUUGCUGUCACAAACGAAGACUUGACUGUGCGAAUUGAGCAUGACGAGUACUGUUACCCAGUCGCUGUUGUUGAGAAGAUAUCGAUGUUAGUGCUUGAAGCUCUUCGCUUGUUGUCUCAUGGAGGAAGCUUGCACGCGGGGCGAGAACAGCUCAGAAGGUGGGCGGAUGGCAUUCAGAUGACUCGAUCAAGAUUUUAG